AGCCAGUCUGCCAGUGCUCUCCAGGGAAAAGCGAAAGGAAUCGCUGUAAACUGCAUUUUCUCGCCGCGGAGGAGCAAAAAUAGCGGCGGUGUUUCAUGAAUAAAGCAGUAGAGGCUCAGAUCGGCGGUUCAGACUGACUAACGGGCGGCUCCGAAGUCCGGGCGGCUCGGUUCGGUUCGGGGAGGGCGGUGACGCGGCGGUCAGGUGCCUCUUAAAGCGCGGGGAGGGAGCUGUCCGGUGCUGAAACGGUUCGGGAUCGCGGCGGCGAGAGAAUGCCAGUGUGGCUCCGGUCCAAUCUCUGAGCUCCCUGCUGCCCCUCGCUGAAGGCUAUGUCGCUUUCCCUUCGUAAGCUCUCCGCGGGGGAGGCCAUGCUCCUCCUCGCGGCACUCCUCCACUCGCUCGCCGCCGUGCGCGCGGCGUCCCUCCGCCACCACCGGCUGCGCGAGCCCGCCGCGUACACGUCUCCGAGUUCGGACAUGAUCAAGGCACUGGAGUACAUCGAGAGCCUGAAGCGGCGCACGGACGGCGCGCCCGCCGCAGAGACUCCCACCGGCGACUACGACGAGGUGGAUAAGUUCCGUUUGCUCGUGCAGCUCGCCUCGAUGCGGGACGAGGACGCCGCCCGGUGGCCGGACAGCGGCGCACCGCAGUGGGUGCGAGCGGCGCUUCGUGCGCUCGAGCAACAGGCGGAGGGAGAGGGCGCAACGGUUGGGGGCGCCGUAGGGGGCGAGCGGCGCACGCACAAGAGUAGACGCCCAUCAGCGGCGGGCGACGACGCGGAGGGUCCCGUCACUCAAUACGGGGGCGUGGUGAGACCUCACAAGAAGUACCCUCUCAUGUUUGAGGACGAGGAAAACGGUCGGGAGGUCAAGCGUGCCACCGAGGACCUGGACGAGCAGUACACCGCCCAGAGUCUAGCUAACAUGAGGUCUCUCCUCGAGGAACUGGGCAGACUGCAACGCAAGCGUGAUGGAGAGGAUGCAGAGGACCAGGAUGCUGAGGACCAGGAUGGCAUGUACAGGCUGCGGGAUGUGGCGUAUGAGGAUGUGGCUGGCGGAGGCGAGGAGUGGGUGCCACUGGAAGAGCAGGUGGAGACGGAGGAGCUGGUGAAGGGCAGUCGCCAGGAGAUGGAGCGUGGCUUGGCUGACAGCGACGAGGAGAGCGAGACAAUCGGAGAACCACAAAGACGUAGGGCUAGUGACCGUGUUGAGGAGGACGGUGGUGAUGAUGAUGAUGACAAUGCUGAUGACACAAAGCUGGUGGACUACUACCUGCUGAAGGUGUUGGAGAUGACCGAUCAAGCAAGGAAACGGGAUCUGCAAGCAGAGACGCAAGGUUUGCGGAGGCGUCCCCUAAGCUCCAGUCUGAGCUUGAACUCUCGACCUUCCCUACUUGACCCUCACGCCAUCAAGCAGCUGCUGUCAGCCAUGUCUAUGAAGCUCCAGGUGCCUCCCGAAGAUCUUGUGGGUCUCCUCUUCAUGGAGGAGACAAGGAAGCAGCAGCAGCGACUUCCAGAGCCGCAGAUGCAGCUGGCAAGGAAACCCACUCUUCUGCAGCAGCAUCAGCAGCAACAGCAGCAGCAGCAACCUCGCUACCGGAGCCGUGUGAUCAAGUACUACAGUGGGCGCCAGCCUGAGGUCACGGUGAGCGAAGGGCCUGUCGACAUCAAGACCGAGGAGCUGCUAAAGGCACUUGGACUUGGCAACACCGCAAGCAAGAGCGCAAGGUACUUCACAAAGCCGAGACCGUACAAGACUGCCCUCUCCAGGUACUUCGCGCCUUCAAAUGGACGCCGAGGCAGCCUGUUCACCACAUCUGACCUGAACAGGGGUCUCAGCAAGAGGAAAGAUGAUUAUGAUGACGCAGUGGAUGAAGAUGAGGUGGCCACCUUCCUUGCAGCCAAACUCAUGACAGAGUACCCGGACGAUGAGCCACACAAGAGGGCCUUGGACUCACGGUUUCCCUACGAGGCUUACGAAGAGGCAAUGAAAGAUUACUUUGAGCAGGUGGACACAGGCAAGAGUGCGCCAACUAAAAGAGAUACGCAGGGGAAGGAGAUGAUGGAGGAGGAAGAGGAGGGUGAGGAGGAAGAGGCGCCACAGAAGCCCCCAACUGAGAACAGUGUGGCUGAGCAGAGUGACCAGCAACUACAGGAGCCUGUUUCUGAAGGGGAGAAGGAGCAUCGUGGCAAACUUGUUGCUGGGAUGUAGUGGCAAAAGGGAACCGCCGACCCCAAGCUACCUACCCCAAGUGACCCCAUUGACAACUCCCUGCCAGACGAGUCCUCGGUCAGAGGGACAUGCCUAUACCCCGUUUCCCUCUAAAUUAAAGUGCUUUAGUUUUCAUGAAACUCUAAGAUGUAAAUAAUAUUAUCAUAUAAAUAUAUAUAAACAUGCAAGAGUAAACGGCGUAUCGUCUGCUAUGGGUUAGUGAUGUUUGUUCAUGUUCCGUUCGUUAGUAUGAUGUCCCCUUAUCUAUUGAGCACUGCAGAGCUUGGUAUGGUCCUACCAAACAAGCUAUAACCUUAUUAGACAAAAAAGUGGAUGGUGGUACUCGUUUCUUAAUCAUUUUUGUACGUGUUCUGAAGUGUAAGAUGACUAUGAGAUUAAUAAAGCAUUACCGUAUUAUUUUUC